GGGAGGUUCUCCACUGGUGGUACAGUGAGAGUUUUUUUUUUUUUAAUCUUUUUUUAUUUCUUAUUUUUAUUACUCUUUUUAUUUGUCAUUUUCUCUUUAGUUUAAAUUGACAGUGGGAUUUGUAUUUAGCAGAUUUUUGUUAUAAGAAAUCAGAGGAUAUGAACAGGAAGCCACUUUAGUGUUCUACUUACCACCCGAUUCCUUUAUAGUAGGUGUAAGAAUGUCCCCAUUUUCUCUGAUUUUAUCUAAUUCCCUUUUUUUUGGGUUUUAUUUAGAUUUGAUUUACAUAUUUGGUUCCUAAGGAGAUAAUUUUAUGGAAGUUGUUUUGCAUCUAACUUUUUGCAGAUUCAUUGCUUGGUCUAUGAGUGUGGAGUUGUCUAGGUGCAAAUGGGUUUGAUCUAGACAUUCUUAUGUGUGUGACUGAUCCUAAUGUUUCAUUUUUUAGCUUUCAGUAGAUAUUUGAUUUUCUCUAGAUCAAUAUCUUAAUGUAUCAUGGAUAUAUUCUUUUGGUCUCUAAUCUCUUCCUAACAAACAAAAACAAAAUUAAGUGUUGUAGAUAUUAUGUUGAGUGUCAUGAUUUUGACUCUGUUGUUAUGGAUAUACCUGCUUCUAUACUGUUAAAAUUAUUGAGCUCUGUCUAUGCAAGAACCCCAAAGUGAUUGUUUUUUCUUCUAUCAUCGGGUUCAGGUUAUUAAUUUUGUUUUGCUGUGAAAGGGUUUGGAAAAUGUGAUAGGAAUAAGAUGGAGAAGAUUGAAAAGGAAGGAUACUGUUUGGUGAGAUGGGUUAUUCAUUCUCUGUUUCUGUUACGAGUUUCUUUUGUUUUCUCACUAGAUUUUAUGAAUUUC